AUGCCAUCCUCAGAUGUGUCCAAUCAGGCUCUUGGUCAUGCUGCUGCCGAGGUUGUGCAGAUCCUUGCUAGAGCGUUACAGUGGAAGAAAGGUUGUGCCGGCCAUUUGUUCAUGGUGAUGGAGAUGGCAAAUAUCAUGUAUUUGCCGAGCAUGGGACAAGCAGCGACAAAGAUCUCCCUGGUGUUGCUCUCAGCAGCCAUGGAGUUAAUGGAGUAUUGGGAUCCCAUUGGAUGCACAUCAUUUGUCACAAUGCCAGUAUGGAAAAACAUUGUGAUGGGCACGCAAUUUUGUGAUCCCGGCAGCACAAUCUACACUCCCAUCAACAGUCCCAUCGCCUACAGCCACCGCAGGUCCGCCGGUGCCAUCGCACGGCACAUCAUCAAAGCCAAGCCAGUGCUCAGAAAGAAAAAGGUUGACCUCAAUUUGGCUAGUGAUGGGAUUGAAAUUGAUAGGGUGGUCGCUGAUGUUACAAGCACUUCAGAUGGCAAACAGAAAGGCAAGAUUGUACCCUCAGAGGAACUUGAAAGUGACAUGUCAAUGGACAGAUCACUCACCAAUGUGAUUUUGAAAGCUGAUGUUAAAGGAAAGUCAUGGCAGAAGAGACCCAGGGAUGCCAGUGGCAGCAGGCCGCCAGUGAAACAGACUGUCACUUCCAGUCUCCCGGAUGACGCCACCCCCCCAAUGGAGGCCCUGCUCCCUGUUGCUGAAACUGCCAUCAUCGGCAAGAAGCACAAGAGUGGUCAUCAACAAAGCAUGUCCAUUGACCAACAGGAAGGAAUGGCCAAGCAUGGUGUCAGCAAUGCCAAGGAUGCUGCUCUAACAGAGGAUAUUACUGCAAGUAGAAAAGUGCAGGGCCAGAGUUUGAGCCGCCAUGUACCACAUGUCAGCAUAAAUAUGCUGGUGCCAGAUACCAAUGGUGCUGGGCAGGCUGCACCACCCGCACUUUCUGUCCCUCCUAUUGCCACACUCUCACUUGUUCUGCCUUCAAUGCCUCCAGCAAGGAACCAGAUGGGAACAUGGGCUGCUGAAAUAAGACAUUCCGCAAUCGCCGAGGAAUUGGAGAUGGAUGUGUCAGGGGAUGCAGUCAUGAAGGAGUUACAUGCAAUGACCUUGGAGGUCAAGGAAAACUCAGUGUCGCUCUUAGAGAAGAAUGAAGAUCUACAGGCCAGCAUAAAUGCCCUCAAAAUGGAGGUGGCUGUACUCAAGGGUUGUAACACCGCUGCAACUGAGCUUCUUGAAGCCAUGAAAGUUCGCCUUGCUGCCCAUGACACCGAUAUCCAAACUCUGGAUGGCAUGCGCACUGAGCUCGCCGCAUUACAAGAGGAUGUUAAAGCAGUGCAAGCUGAAUCAAGGACUCGAGAGGAACAGCUCCAAGCUGCAGAGGCGAAAUUGGCUUUGCAAUCAUGUACCACUGCUGUUCUACAGGAUGCCUAUGAGGCACUUUGGCAACACGUUGUCUCCAAUUUACGGUACAUCCUACAACCAAGGUUUUACACCGGCUCAGGUCCAGGCAAUGGAAUGAAUGCUCUUGAACUUCACUCCAGGAACUCUGGAUUGAAUGAUGUUGCUGGCUCUUCAAAUCAGGCCACUGGUAGUUCUGAAGCAGGACAAGUCUUUAGUGAAUUGGCAUCUGGAAUGGGUCCAAACUAG